CCCAUAAACAAACUAGUCAAACCUGUCUGAGCUCUGAUUACAAAGCGCUAACCCACACUACUGAAGAGCAAACCAGCGGACCUGUAUGCUGCGGUGUGCACCUGCAAGCAUCAACCUUGGUUUAGUUAUUUUUAUCCUCUUGCUGAUAAUUUGUUCCACGGUGCAAGCUCAGAAAAAUGAAACGUUUGCAAGGAGUAUGUUUUGCACUUUGCUUUGGAUUUGUGCAAAAUACACUUGCUCUCUUUUGCCCGAGCGGACAAUUUGCUUUGAAGCAUCAGUGUGUUGGUUGCCAUCCUACCUGUUGGGAAUGCAACGGACACGAGCUGUUUGAGUGCACAAAAUGUGGCGUCGAUGAAGACGGGCAGGAGCGCUUUUUCCACCGAGGUCGCUGCCGGCUGCACUGCCCCAGAGGGUUCUACCCUGAGCAGGACCGGUUCACCUGUGAGCCCUGCAUGGUAAACUGUGAGCUGUGUGCCGACGCCAAGGUCUGCGCCAAGUGCACAGGAAACUACAAGCUUCAAAGUGGAGUCUGCCAGACCACAGAAUGUAAAGAAGGGCAGGUGGAAGAUCCUGAAACCAGAGAAUGCAUUGAUUGUGAAACUGGAUGUGAAACAUGCUCUGCAGGUGACCCAGAACUUUGCCAAAGUUGCAUGGAAGGCUAUUUCUUAUACAGACACCAGUGUCGCCGGGGCUGCCCACAAAAGACCUAUGGGGAUGAGGGCAGGAAGAUGUGCUUUUCCUGUCCAACUCCCUGCAUUGACUGCAGGAGUGACAGCCUCUGCCUGUCCUGCCAGGCUGGUCAUUAUUUAAGUGAUGGAUCUUGUGUAAAGCAAUGUCCGGAUGGCACCUACGGCGAACCAAACAGCUGGCGCUGCGAAUCCUGCCACGGCUCCUGCCAGACCUGCCACGGGUUGCUGCCGAAGAACUGCGAUUCCUGCCCUCAAGGGAACCUGCCUAUGUAUGGCCAGUGCCCCACUGUCAGCUGUGUGGAGGGCCAGUAUAUGGAUGCUGCUGACAGUAAGUGUUACAGCUGUGAUGUCUCCUGCAAGACCUGCUUCGGACCUCAGGCACUGGACUGUUCCUCGUGUUGUACUGGUUAUUUCCUUGACCAGGAGGGGGCCUGUGUGGAGCACUGCCCUGUGGGCUACUUCAUCAACCCUGCCACCCAGCUGUGUGAAGAAUGCUCUGCAAACUGUGAGAGCUGCGAGGGGGCCACUGAGAAGUGCCUCAGCUGCAAGAAGGGACCAUUCAGUCUCUUCCUCCAUCAGGGGAAUUGCUGGUCUAACUGCCCAGAGGGUUACUUUGAAAGUGCAGAGGGCACAUGUGAAGCUUGCGACAGCCUUUGCCUGAGCUGCGAUGAGAAUAAAAGUAACUGCAUGUCAUGUGCUGCGGGGCUGUACCUGGAGAAUGGGCGCUGCAGUCCUAACUGCUCAGUCAAGUACUACCCUGAUGUGGAUGGGACCUGCAGACGCUGCCCGGCACACUGUCACACCUGCACUGAUGGGAAAACCUGUAAAGCAUGCAGCUAUCUGUACCUGCUUCUCAAUGGCGUGUGCAAGGCCACCUGUCCUAAAGGGUAUUUUGAGGACUUGGACCAGGGGAAGUGUAUCCCGUGCCACUCUACCUGUGCAAGCUGCUCUGGGACACAGCAUGACGACUGUGACAGCUGCUCCUCCCUGUACCCGAGGCUGUACGAGGGGCAGUGCUCCGUGGAGUGCCCUGCUGGAACUUACUAUGAGUCAUCAGCCAAGGAAUGCCAGGAAUGUGAUCGGACUUGUACUGGUUGUACCGGACCAGAGCUGACAGACUGUACAAAGUGUAAGAAGGGGCUUGCCCUGGAUCCUGAUACGAUGAUGUGUGGGGUGACCGGGGAUUCCAACUGCCCUCCUAAAACGUUCCUGCAUGAUGACAAGUUUACCUGCAUGGCCUGCCACAAGCAGUGCGAGUCCUGCAAUGGGCCCAAUGCCAACGACUGCCAGACCUGCGCUCUACCCAACUACCUGUACAAUGGCACGUGUCUAAGGGUCUGCUCAGCUGGCACAUUCGAGUCCAGUGAAGAAGCUGAUGGUGUUGAGCUAGGUUUCUGUUCUGCCUGUGACCAUGUCUGUGCCACUUGUACAGGAGCAUCCCCUAAAGACUGUACAACAUGUUCUUCAGGCUAUUUCAAAUUCAUGCGUCUCUGUAUUUUACACUGUCCAGCUGGGUAUUAUCGCAGAACUACCCGCUGUGAGAAAUGUGACCCGUCAUGCCGGCUGUGCUCAGGCCCCGGGCCUCAGGCUUGCCUGCCCUGUCCUCCCCACAUGCUGCAGCUGGACGGGACUAGGCAGUGUGUGGAGCACUGCCCAGAGAGAUUUUACCAAGAGAACGACAAGUGCAAGCAGUGCCACACAAGCUGCAAAACAUGUAAAGACUACACUCCGCAGGGCUGUCUGACCUGUGAUUGGGGAAGUACAUUACAGAACGGGAUCUGCUACCCUCGCUGUGAGGAACAGCGCUACCUCUCAGAGGAUGAGGUCUGCAAACUUUGUGACAGCUCCUGCAGACACUGUUCUGGUCCAGGCCCCAAUCAGUGUGUGAGUUGCAAACCGAACUUUGCUCUGCACCCAACUGAAAAACGAUGCAUUGAGUGCUGUGAGUCUGAGGUGAAUCAGACUGACUGCUGUCUUUGCACUACUAACUCAGCUCUGUGUGUAGAGCGUCCACAUCCUGAGCCGGAGAGGAGGCUAAUGUUGGAGAACAUGAACUCACUGGCGAUCUCCCAUGUGUCUGCUACAGUGCCUGCUCUGGUAAUGCUGGUCCUGGUGAUCACAUUGGCCGUGUUGGGUCUGUACCGGGCUCGGGCCAGGAAGAAGCUGUGCUGGAAAUUGAGUUACGAGAGGCUGAGUGGCAGUGCUGAUCCCAAUGCUUCGUACCGACGUGACAUGCUGCAUGGCGUUCCGGACCCUGACGACAGUGCUGACGAGGCCGAUGUGGUCUACACCAGCAGGGACGGCACAGUGUACCGCCGAUACAACUUCAUAAAGGCUCAGGAUGAGGAGGCAGAGGGGCAUGAAGAUCAGGCUGCUUAUUUAAACAAGGCAAGGUGUUAGACCGCCUUGGCAAAACCAAUGUCAAGCUCAAAUAUUUUUAAACCGUUGAUGAACAAUUUGAGUUCUGGUGUUGGCAAACAAUUGCAUUAGCUCUACGAGUGUCUCGUCAUUAUGAUCAUGGUAAUAUCAUAGCAUAGGAAAGAUUCUAAACCAGAAGGUUUGAGCUGUACAGUGUGAGUUUUUAUAAGAUAAUCACUUGUUUUGGCUGCAUUAUGUUAUCCCUAAUUUCUACAUUUCAUUUUCUAAUUUUAAUAAUAUCAUUUGCCCAUUACUUUGCCUUUUAAACACUACUGCUUAUCAACUGUUUCACAUGCCCAUUUUGCAAGGCAGCCUUUAUAACUGUUAAUUUUUGUUUGUGUGCACGUCACAGUUGGUGGAAGUUAUGUCUGCCAGUUUCAGAAAGCAGUGUUGAAGAGAGAUUUCAGGCUUUGAAAGUAUGUAAAGGUAAUGUAUAGUGCCCCAUACAGUGUAAUUAGUAUUAUUUACAUUUAAUUGAAUCAGGUUUUUAUGUUUUAAAAGCAUUGUUGACAAUAAGAGUUAUAUACAUGUUAUCAACUAAGGGGCACUUUGCCUUAAAUUCUACCCUUUUUAUAACAUUUAAUGUUAUAUAUUUUUGAUACAUACAAAGCACAGAUAAUGAGAUUCCCUCACACAUGGUUGUCAAGCUGCAGUAGGCUAUACAACAAGACUCUCUGGUAUUUUUAUUACACCAUUACGGAGUAUCACAGCAGGCCAGGUCUAGCUUUUAAGUUGUACUUACUGGCAGCAACACAUUAGUUAAAUAAUAUAUGAAAGCUAGCAUAAUAUUAAAAGAAUUGUAUGGAAACUGAGAAUCCUCUACUUUCAUAGAGAUCUUUUAAUAGUUUGUAUUGAGGGGGCUGAACUAAAACUAACAAGUUCAGUGGAGAUUGAGCACUAAAGAGAAUUGCAUUCAUUUUGAAUGCUGUAUUUUAAGGAAGAUUACUGCGAUAAACUUACUAACUUGACCUGUUAGGACUAAGCAUAAGUUCAUGUACCUGUUGAUAGUAGUAAGACAAAUGUUAGUUAAUGCUAUUGAAACCUUGUGAUUUUGUAUUUUGUGUAUCCAAAAUAAAAAAUAGCCUGACAAAAACGUUUUGUUUUUUUUUUUACCCACAAAAAAUGUCCAUUGGACAUAUACAGUAAUCUGUUUUG